UCCUCACAAUGUACAAACUGUCUGGGGUUGUCCCACUCCCUGACAGUUCCAAGAGAGCACUAACAUGGACCUUCUGGUUGUUCAGGGCCAACCACCACCGUCUCUUUAAGGACCGAGUCUAUCUCCUCCUCCUCCAGAAACAUGCCACAAUCUUGAGACACCCAAUGAGUAACAAAUCUCCAUAUUACUUUAGUCCUGUGCCUCCCCUUCCACCUGUUGCACAUGUUAAAUUUCCUGAAUCAGUUGUACUGGAAUGUCUGCCUUUGAUACUACUUCUUUUCUUUCUUCCUGCUAUGCCUCGACUCCCUUUAGAUUGCUUCCUUUUGUAUCAGCAAGACCAAUCCUGA